AGAGCACUGUAUGCAGUUUAGACUACUGUUUCAGACAUGGCUGGAGUUAUAUUCGCUACCACUGACCGCUUAGGUUCGCACUCGCAUGUUACCUCGACUCCGCCAUCAGUAUCGUUUCAAAACACGACUUUGGACCACCAGCACUUACCACAGUCACCGGUCACCACCGUUGUACUGCCGAUCAUUCUCUAUGCUGUCUUUAUAAUCGGAGGAAUUGGAAAUUCGUUGGUUGUCUACGUUAUGAUAAAAUUGUCAUGUAGACGAAAAAUUGCCGACAUAUUUGUGAUAAAUCUUUCCGUGGCGGACAUUCUCUUUAUUAGUGUGUUACCGCUUUGGGCCAUAGAGUUCUCCAGCGGAAGAUGGGUGUUUGGGAGUGCCGUGUGCAAGAUCGCAUCAGCUCUGACACUGUUCUCUGCCUAUGCAAGUGUGUUCUUCCUUGCCGUUAUGUCGAUCGAUCGACUAUUGGCAGUGGUUUUCUAUAAGAACAGCAAAUCUUUUAGGUUUGGCAACUUUAAUUAUAGAAUGGGAAAGAUGGGAGACCUGUUAAAUCUAUUUUGUCGUUCCAUUUGGUCGUAA